AUGGUUGAUUUAUUAGGAUCUAGGGUUUCAAUUCCUGGCACUAGGUGUUAUGGUAUACUUAGAUACUAUGGCCCAAUUGAUGGGAAAAUUGGAAUAUUUGGUGGUAUUGAACUUGUGGGACCGAUUGCAGCCUCACGAGGUAAAAACUCAGGCGCUGUAGAUGGUAAGCAAUACUUUGAGGUAGAGCACCCUAUGACAGGUUUAUUCUUACCCCUUGAAAGACUUAAAUCAGUGAAUCCUCAUCUAUCUCGCCUUAAUUCGUCUGUUCAAGGUAAUGAUCAAACUGAGAUAUCUGAUAUCACUGACACGCCCUCUCCUACUUCGAGAGGUACAAGAGUUCCAGCUUCUUUCUCUACGCGUGGACAACAGAAGAUUACUAUCCUGAAAAGAAAAAGUCUGAAUAAUCAAAGUAGGGUAUCAUCACCUAUUAAAGAAACCGAUAUUCCUAAAGCCGUGGACCUUAAAGAGGAGGACGAUUUCCAAGCGAAAUACAAAGCACUAAAAGAGAAAUAUGAGCUAAUGAGCAGAGAGAGUUUUGAAAAAAAUGCAAUCCUAGAUGACCUCAGGUCGACAGUUAAUGAAAUACAGCCGCUCCUUGAAGAAUAUGAACACGAUGCCAUUGAGAAGGACAAGAGACUUGAAAGACAAAAAAUUGAAUUUGAAAAUGCUAGAAGAGAUUGGAAAGAUACCUUGGAUUUAAUGGUUUCAAAUCAGCAAGAAAAUGAGUUACUUUUUGAGACACAAAUAACAGACUUGAAUAGGAAGAUUGAACAAUACCAAGCUUUAUCUAACGAUCAACCCACAAAAGAGGACGUAAAAGAAUUAAGAGAUGACUUGAACGCAACAGUUGAAGAGAAAGAAAAAAUGCGCCUGGAAUUUGAAGCUAAGAUCUUGAGACAGACUGAAGAGAUCAAAGAAUUAGAAGGUCGUCUCAGUCUUUUAAGCUCUUCAAAUCUGCGAUCAAAUGAUCAUACCUAUGAGAUCGAGCAUCUCAAACUGGAAAACAAAAAGUUGAAAGGCAAGCUUCUGGAGCUCGAAUCUCAUUCUCGAACGAAAAAUGAAGAGAUGGAAAAGUUACUUCUGAAAUCGGUAGGUUCGAUCACAUUAACAGAGUCUCAUGUCUCUAGUUCCGAAAACGGUGGCUUGAAUGACUCAGAAUCUUCUCAUCUAAAGAAAAUUAUUGAAGACCUAAAGAUAGAGCUUGAGUCAAGGCCGACUUUCGAAGAGCGAAAUAAAUUAAACAAAUCAAUUGAGGAGCUCAAGAGCUUGCACAAUUUGGAAAUUUCAACCAAAGACAAGGUGCUAGACGAGUUUUUGAGCUUAGAUCUUAGUGAAAAACAAAACCAUGAGAAAUUAUCCAGCCAGAAGUCUAUUCUGAUGCCCGAAGUUGAACCUCAACCAAAGGUCUUGACUGAGCAUAGCAUAAACACGCUUCUUUCAUCCCAACAUCUCCCAAUAUAUAAGCCAGAAAAAAAAUUAGAUCCGAGUGAAGGAAAGGCCUCCUGGUGUGGACUUUGUGAACGAGAAGGUCAUACGAGUCUCCACUGCCCAUAUGAAAAUGAUUUAUUUUGA